GUGCGCGACACUUUUUCGGGGUAAAUACGCAUUCGCUUAUCUACUGUUGAAUCGUACGUGCUCCCUUCAAACUGCCCAAUGUGCUGGCCUGUGAAGUGGCGCUCUAUCUAUACAAGUAACGCUGCUGUGCGCUAUCCGAGGGUUACGCUGAUGCUCAAAACCCACUCCAUUAGCGGAUCAUUGUUUUCACACUAGUUGGAUCUACGGAUUUUCGCCAAGUCAAUCUGAAUGUCUGGACUCCUGUCAGCAUCCAGGCUUCAAUAGCAGCUCAACAGCAACAAACAACGGCACUCAACAGCAGUGUAUUCUUCGCCGCAGUGUCAAUGCAUUCAUGCUGAGGCUUAAUGAAGACAAGUCCGAGGCCCAUGAGUAUCAAAAUUUGUGCUCCGAAAACCGUUUUCUCACUUCCAUGAAGACUGUUAAUGCCACAUAUUGUUCCCUACAAGAUCAUGAUGCUACUCGAUUGCUGAAUGAGUAUGAACGUAACACAUACGACGAAUCAGCUUCGCUAAAUGGCAGACAGGAGGGUGGAUUGGAUUGUCAUUAUGCGACCACUACUUCUAUUCCAUCAAACCUUCUUGAGCCACAUAAUAGAAAGUCCCCUCUGUACACUGAGAUUACUAGUAGGAAAUUCACAGUCUCUCACAAAGAAUCAUUUGUGUCGCAUACCGACUAUCCCAGCGGCACUGUGUCACAUUACGCGGGCUCCAACAUCGACAGUAAUGCAAACAUUUCAGCCAGUGAAGAUGGAUAUCCGUUUUGGACCUCCACACUUUCCCAGGUAGCAGCAGUUGCUGCUGCUGCAAUGGUUUGCGCCACUACAGGCGAGGAUCAAUCAGCAGGCACGGAUAUGCCAUCUAUAGAUGAAGGGGGUUUUAUAUCCAACGAUAGGAACACUACUAACCUGAGCUGCAUUGAUAUGAGUCGUCCCGUUCCAAUGAGUUCUCCGCUUAUCAGCCAAGGGGGAGCAGCCGUUGGGACAGUAGUUAAUAGAGGCAUGUUCAUGUUCAGUAAUAAUGUAUCAACAAUCCCCAAUAACAAAGACUACAGAUUCAAUAUCGAAAGUGAAAACAGCGAAAGCCGCAUUCUCAACCCACCCGUCAACUAUGGUAAGCGAUUGGGAGCGAAUCCGACUGAUCCAUUAACCAGACCAGGGGAAAUGUCAGAAGAAAUCAGAAAAGAAAGUGAAGACCUUACAGCAGUCUAUCCAUUCAAUGAAGUUUCUUUUCUAUCGAAUCUUCUGAAGCUAGAUCCAAAUGUUAGCAACGUUAAUCCUCAGAGUUUUGCAAUGGCAGAAUACGGACAAGACUUAUGGAGCCAGUUAUCAGAUCAUGGUUCCAUCGCUUCCGGAAGAAUACUUCCACCAGCUCAGUGUCGUGCGUGGAAAAGAUCAACGGACGAUGUAGAUUCCUUUGUUUGUCGAUCCAAACCUGAACACGUAGGUUCGCAACGUCGUGAAGGAAGGGAAACUACACUGCUCCCAGCGGACAGUUUGACUAUCACUUCGAGUUCCACUCCUACGGAUCGAAUGCUUACCAGCGAGAAUCGAUUCCCAGCUGUGUCUUCUGUUCAUCUCGGUACGUUGUUACCUCAUCCCCUUAUGCAGCAGUUGAACUUUAAACGAUGCUCUGACGAGAUGAGGUCAAGCCCUAACGAAACUCAAAGUCAAAUGCAGUUUUGUGUGUCCAACUAUCCUGACCAAGACCACUACGCUUCGGUAACCUUUGCAGAUGAUUUGUCGCAUACCACAAACAAUAAGUUUGCCACCACCCGCAACCCCAGUAUGCCAACAGAGACAGUUGGAUUCAAUACCAACUGCGGUCCUGAUGUCCAGGAAGAAACACCCACACAGCUUGAGCACCUCGUUCGAAUGGAUGUAGGAAAAGAAAGAAUGGCCUGUUCCGAUGCACAUCUGCCUGAGUCCUGUAAAACUUUUGAAGCAAACGAUGUAUAUACCACUCUGUCGACAUCCCCAGUGCAUUGGGUAAGCUCUGCAGAAACCGAUCACAUAAGUACUGCUCCAGUGGGCUACUCGGAGAAUACAAGACACAGUCCAUUGAGUUAUCUGGCCAACUCGGUGUUUCCAAGUCACCUUUACCCAGACGUAACAACUCGCUCGCAUCGUAUGGAUGCAUCCUAUCUGGCCGCCCAGCAGGCAUUUUUAGCCAGUUAUCUGAACCGCGAUCACCACUUUAUGGACAAACAAAUAAUACAAAACUGGAUGGGACAACAAUUGGAAGCAAAAUGCAAUCAGCGUUUCGGGGGGUUUUCUGAUUCUUCUGUCAGUGAGUCUGCAGUCACAGAACCUGUCCUUCGACGUACGCCAGUUGACCACUUGGCGGAACUAAUACAAUGCUCCGAAGGUCAAAGUACGGGAUAUUUCGAUUCAGAAUGCUUAAAAUUCUCUUACGAUGGACGCGACCCCUGUAGGAACCCACGUGAACAUGUCUGCUUCGAUCAGAUUCAAUCGCAUCGCUAUAUUCACUCAGAUAGCGAACACGGUUUUCACGUGGGACACUUUGAAAGCUAUCGUUCACCUUCACCAAGUCCAAUCGAUGUCUUUGAACAGGCGCUGAUCCCGACCGUAUCACUCGGAUCCCUAAACUUGCACGUGUCCCCCAACAGAACGGAAAUACCGACACAGCAGAAAGCUUUAGCUGCUAAAAUGGAGAAUUCAUGUGAUAUAAACUUUAGAAACUGCCUGCAUGUUGGUUCGAGUCCCGUUGACCAACAUCUUGUCCGCAUAAGUGAUAGUUCAUCCGCUGUGUUAUCCCCCCAGAACAUCGGCUUUCCAGUGAUGGAUAAAACCGGAAAAGCAAAUCCGUUCCCUGCAGUUAACUUGGGGGGAAACAAGCCUACCGAACUGGACUACAACCAGCAGUGCUUGGUGUGUGGUGACACAGCAGCAUGUCAACAUUACGGAGUAAGAACAUGUGAAGGCUGUAAAGGCUUUUUUAAGCGUACAAUUCAGAAGAAUGCGCAAUACGUUUGUUUGCAAUCGAAAAUCUGCGUUAUUGACAAACGACGAAGAAAUCGGUGUCAAUACUGCCGCUUUCAAAAGUGUCUUAAAGUUGGGAUGGUCAAAGAGGUGGUUCGCCGGGACAGCUUGAAAGGAAGACGCGGUCGGUUAUCUUCCAAAACCCGAUGUCAACCCAGUGAACACGCCCAUAGUAACAAUUCGGCGAUCUACUCCACCGGUCUUUUCCCCCCGGAGUGUGAGAAUUCCUCUUCAAAACGACACAACAGUGUAAACAGCUUAUCUGUCAGUCUACCUCGACGAUUGGUAGAUUCUCACUUUACAGACAAUCAGCGCCCCUACUCAUCCUCAACAGUGAAUUCCACGGUGACACUUUUGUCUAUGCUGACCAAAGCUUAUGAACUAGUAGGCCCAACAACACAGGACACCGAAAGCUUGUCUUUUUCAUUUCCCGAUGGAAGACUACCACAGGCGGUGGGCUGUGACGGGACCACCCCGAAUUUCGAUGCUCCUCUUACGCCACACAGCUCUGCGGCGACGAUGUAUUUGAAAAAAUUUUGCCAGACACUGAAGGAGUCUAUGUUGGAGAUCGAGCGGUAUGCAGAAAUGGUUCCUAGUUUCAUGUCGCUAAACGCCGCGGACCGUGCAGUGCUGUUCAAGAUACACUUCCUCGAUCUAAUCACACUGCGGUUAGCAAUGAGGUGCACCCUGGGUCAGAGUUCGGUCCACCCGUUUUGUCCUCAAAUGUCAUCCACCACGGCGGACAAAGAGAGUGCUGAUCUCGACACCGGAACGCUUCCUACUCAAACAAAGAUUAAAGAAGGACAAUUAUCAAGUGAACUUCCCUUUCACUUUGGUAGCAACGGGAUCAGUGUAACUUCCGGGAAUAAUACCCAUGUAUAUCCGCAUUCGCAGAACAGUGUACACCGUUCCUUUGAUGCCUCUCAGCAGAGUGAACUGACGGGAACGAAGGACAUUUCCAACUGGCCAUAUCACCAAGAUUAUCGACUCCAAGGAACAGCUGUGUUUCAGUUUGAAAAUGGCUCAGUUCUAACAUUUGAACAACUCAGUCUCGCUGGUUUUGCCGACUGGGCCAAACAUGUAUGGGAGAGCGGAAUUCAACUACGAGAACUGGUCAAAAACGAUUGGAGCGCUAUUGCUGGUUUGGCCGCUUUGAUCUUGGUGAAUUACAAGUCCAUAAACUAUCGAACUCCACUGACGAAACCUGGGGAAGUCUACUCGCUGCAUCACCGGUUUGUGGAAAUGCUCAAGAGUCACUGCUGUGCCGCGGUAUACUCACCGACAACAGUAUCCACCCCAACGACGUUGAGUUACUCAACAAAGAGACAGCUCCGAGGCUAUAACGAGAUAAAUGAGACAGUUGCAGCCUCCAGAGUUGACUCAACCUACUUCUCCAAAGUCUUUCAGCAAAAGGACCGUAUACGUUCAGUUACCCGAACGUACCUUUUACUACCCAUGAGCAGAAUGUUUGAGAAGGAGGCUAUGGAAGAACCAUGGCUACGUGAGAUCAUAAAUUUGUCGGAGAAUACAGAUUGACUGAAAAUUCCGCUAACUUUUAAUUUAAUUACAUAUGUAUAUACUUCAUCAGUUUCUUUGGACGAGUUUCUUUUUCGGAAAACCAAUCGAUGUUUACACAUGUUAAUUCAACUCACUGCGGGCAACAGCCAAUUUCCAUCCACUUCAGUUGCGGUCCGAGUGACUGAAAAGAUCAAGGUACACUUCAUUGCGAAGCACGGUCCAUAUUGAGAUUGCGCGUCGCAAUUCAGCCACACAAUGUGUAAAAGUUUUCCUCCAAUUAAUUCAGUUUUAUUUAUUAGCUGUGAUCCCUG